AUGGCCCAGCCCGGGACCCUGAACCUCAAUAACGAGGUUGUGAAGAUGAGAAAAGAAGUGAAGAGAAUCCGAGUUUUGGUUAUCCGAAAACUUGUCAGAAGUGUUAGCAGACUGAAGUCAAAAAAGGGUACUGAAGAAGCACUGUUGAAAAACCAAAGGCGAGCACAACGGUUGCUUGAAGAAAUUCAUGCCAUGAAGGAAUUGAAACCUGACAUAGUAACUAAAUCUGCUCUUGGUGAUGAUAUCAAUUUUGAAAAAAUCUGCAAAAAGCCUGAAUCUACUGCGACUGAAAGAGCAAUUGCCAGAUUAGCAAUGCACCCUCUUCUGAAGAAAAAAAUAGAUAUACUGAAAGCUGCCGUCAAAGACUUCAAAGAUGCAAGACAAAAUGAUGCUGAAGUUAAGUCAUCAACGAAAGCUUCAGAAGAAAAUCAUUCCAAGGACACUUCAUCUUUAAAUGAUAAUGCCAUUAAGUUGCAGCAUGAAGGUGUUAUUAUCAGUGAGCAAAAAGACAAGGAAGCCAAAAUAUUAGCAAAGAAACCAAUUAAUAGUUCAAAAGAAAAAAUAGCCAAUAUGGAACAUGGACUCAAAACAGUGGAUAGUCCAAAUUCUCCAUCACAGCCUUCUGACAAGGAUCCUGUAGUUCCCUCUGGAUCACAGAAGACGCCUGCUGACCCCAAAAUGAAAGCAUUAAGUCAAAAGCAAGAAAAGAAAGCCUUUGAUAGUUCACUUGGUGAUAACAGUGAUGGAGAAGAAUCACAUGAAGAAGAGAAGGAGUAUUUUGAUGAUAGCACAGAAGAAAGGUUUUACAAACAGUCUUCCAUGUCUGAGGAUAGUGAUAGUGGAGAUGACUUCUUCAUUGGGAAAGUCAGACGGACACGAAAGAAAGAAAGUAGUUGUCCUUCCGUUUUGGAACAAAAAUCUCCCAAAAAAGUGUUCCCUGAAGAAGAUAUACUUGAAACCCGUGAGAGUAUAAGAAAUGACAAAAACAAGCCAAGUACAGAAGCAAGGAAGUUUGAAUCAGUGUUUUUCCAUUCUUUAUCUGGAUCUAAAAGCUCUAGAAGAAAUUACAGAGAACAGGCUCCAAAAAGCAGCAUCCCAGGUUUUCAGCAAGACGAUUCUCAACUCAAAAAUCAGUUUAUUAAGAAUGCACCAAGAGGACCACAAAAUACUAAACAGCAGACACAGCUGCCUCUUCAUCCUUCAUGGGAAGCAAGCAGGCGGCGAAAAGAGCAGCAAUCUAAAAUUGCUGUGUUUCAGGGGAAAAAAAUUACGUUUGAUGAUUGA